CUGGUUCCUGCGUUGGGUGGUCCUUCCUCUCCUGACACAUGCACCAUUCAGUAUCUGCCUGCAGACUCGGGGGACCCCCAUAUACCCAGGAGCCCCGCACACCCCCACCCUGUGAUGAGGUUCUGCACUGGACCUCGUGGAUGUUUGUGAAUCGGUGAGGAUGGCCGGAGCGUCGCACUACAUCAUCCAUGACGACAACUCCUCUGACUCCGAUGUCUGCUGGUUGGGUCCUGAAGACUUAGACCAUCUGUCUGAGUAUAAAGCAGAAGAUGUAUGGGACGUCUAUUCACAUGAAAGGUCCAUCCAAAGAACAUUCAGUUCAGAUGAAGAAAUCACCUGUAUAGACCUAUAUGAAGACGUUCCACCCAUCGAUCCCAAGACAAAUUCAGAAGCCAAUCCCAACCACAGACACGUGGUGAGCAAACGUGGCAGACGAGCCUACAAGCCGCGGGAAAGAGUACAAAGCUCGGAUAGAUCUUCUCCUGAAAAGUCCAUAGCCAGAGAGAGAAGCACCAUCGACUCUGCCGGGAACAUUACGCUGAUGACAGAGACCAUCUACAAAUGCAACAAGUGCGAUAAAACCUUCUAUACCCGAUCGGGGUAUCGGAAACACCAGAGGAACCAUUCGGAGGACAGUGGUCUCACCUGUGGUGAGUGCGGGGAGACGUGCAAAGACUUGACCGCAUACAAUCUCCAUAAAGAAGCUCACGAGGAAAGACGUCCAUGGUCGUGUACCGUAUGCGGCAAACGUUUCAGGCUCCAGUCCCACCUGACCAGGCACGAAAGGACCCACACAGGAGAAAGACCCUACUCUUGUACCAUAUGCGGAAAUACUUUUAGUCAGAGUUCCAACCUGGCUACUCACAUGAAAACCCACAAGGGAGAGCCGCCAUUUGCAUGCGUCGAGUGCGGGAAGUCCUUCACCCUUAAGUCCGAGCUGGAGGUCCACUGGACGGCUCAUGCCGGAGAGAAGGUCCAAGCUUGUUCGGAAAAUGGGAAAAAUGCUCAAAGAAGCUUCCACCAGACAGAGGUACCAUACACCUGUUCUCGGUGUGGACAAUGUUUCAGCAGCGGUUCCGACCUUAUCGCGCACCAGAGAGUCCACGGCGGAGACGAGCCUUUUGCUUGCGUUAUAUGUGGCAAAAAGUUCUGCAACGAGGCCACUUGUACAAAACACCAGAAGGGGCAUUCGGGGUCCAAGACUUUUCUAUGUGGCGGCUGCGGAAGAAACUUUCGAAGCAGGGCAACGUACACAAGUCACUCGUGCGUUCUCGUAAAUUGAUGUCUUCUGUUGGGGUCCACCUUACUCCAAAGUUUCUCCACUUUUUUUUGCCCCCACUUGGGUAACUUCCCUUUGGCACCAAAGUAGAUUGGUGCAUAUAGAGAUCAAAUAUUGACCGUAAACCUCAAGACUCUUUCUAAAGAGACAUCCUUCUAGGUAUGAAGAGAAGAACAAAUCUUGACAAACCUGAGACUGAAGCUUACUCCAAAUCCACAUUCCUCCAGUUUUUGCAAAUUUUUUGAAAAAGCUGAAAUGGAUACGGUAGGCGGUAUUAUAACUUGGUUGCCUUGGUUUUUGACUUAGAACAUCGUGGCACCAAGUCUUUUAGGAUAUUUCACUUGUGAUAUAUUUUUGGCACCUUAAAGACUCUUUCACCCACCGGCACCAUCUAAAGAGUUGCCCACUUCCUAGAAAACUGGCCCAGUUAGCUUCAUUUCACUAUUUUUUUUUUUAGUAGAACAGCUAACACAUCUUAAGAUCAUAAGUCCAGUCUUGUACCGUCAGUAUUGAAGUCAAAAUACAUAGACUCUUUAGGUUUGUACUCAACGACCACUCUUUUUUUUUUUUUUUUUCUUUUUAGUUUUUUUGGGAAGUUCAUGUAUUGUAGGACAGUGGUGUCAGACUGUGGCCCCCUAGAUGUUGCAAAACUUCAAGCAUCCCUGGACUGCAAAACACAUG